AUAUUAUUAUAUCACUUUAUUAUGCUUACAUUAGUCUAUUAGUGCUCAUUAAUAGAUGAAGGAAUAGUAAUCAAAUCGUUACCAUUAGGAUUUGUGAAUGUGAGUUAUCAGUGGCAGGAUGAUUUGCACUAAACUGCUAAAAACAGGUUUUUUACAUAAUAACUAGGCUAACUUAUAUCUUAUAUUUUAAUCUAUUUUGCUCUUCGAUCUGAAUGACCUGGCUUGUAAUAUUUAUGUUCUUAUGGCCUUUUGCAUGGAAAAAAGAGGUAAGGGUUUGAAAUCAAAUAUUGGAUAUAUUAGCAAGGUUGUCUUGGCCGCUAGAGGGCGCUGUGAAACUACUGGUUGGAUUCCAAAUGGCUUCACACACCCUGUAUCAACCCACUGCAUUGUGUAUGUAAUAAUGGCUUCUACACCCUAUGUAGUGCACCUAUAUGUCCAGUAGGGAGGUAUUUGGGGAUUUCUCCAUGGAGUAAACCGGCGUAUGAUUAAUAGUUAACACUCCACCACUGCUUCAGCUCCUCAGACAGUCUGAAGAGAGAGAAAGUGAGCAACCCAGCCCAGCUCCAGCACUGCAGACAUGGCCACUACUGCAGAGUCGAUGUGGGAGGACCAAAGUGCCUUUGAUUAUGAUUAUGAGACUCUGCGAACCACCGGCGUCAUUCUCGCUGUGGUAAUGUUUGUAAGCGGAAUCCUCAUAGCCCUGAGUAAAAAAUUCAAAUGUUCAAAGUCAUCCAAAUCAAGUCCUGUGGAACGGCUUCAGCCCCCCAAAACAGAAGUACCCUCUGAGUCAGUAUAGUGACUGAAAUCUAUGCCCAAGGAUGCUCCUAAGAAUGUGAGGAGAGCUGCAUGGAAUCAGUCACCUUUUUGUUCACACUGGAUUUUGAGGCUUCCUAAUUCUUUCUUUGUAAAGCUCGUUGUCUAUGUCACAGUUGGUUGAGGACUUUUUUUGUAGGUUAAUACAUACCAGUGUUCAUAAUUUAAUACAUAAAACUCACCACUAAUUGUUUAUUACCUAUGCACAAAGGUCUAUAAUGCGCACAAAUAUAACUGUUGUUUAGUGGAAAGGAUGUUUGUGGGAUCGGAUUUGUAUUAUAAAACUAAAGAUGGAAUUUCAGCAGUAGUCUAUGAAAUUUGCCAUGUGUUCACUCCCUCCUCCUCUCCUAUUCUCAUGUGUUUCACCAUUCUCCAGUUUAGCAGCAUGACUCUAUCCUAUUUCUGUAUAACACAGCAGCAUUUUUAAAAGUUCAUAAUUUUGUCGUACUAACAGCGUCAUUUGGGAGCUGACCAUAAUAUAAUGAUACACAAAUAUAUGACUAUGCAGUAGAACACUCCUGGCAACCUUUACCACAAUGCUUCUACUAUAGAAAGUAAAUGCUUGAAUUCUGAUAAUUAUGAUUAGCAUGUAAAAAAAAUUUAACAAAUAGGAAAGCAAAAGGAAUGUUGUUACCCUGACUACAUUUGAUUUCUAAACAUUGACAAUGACAAAAAUUAAAAAAUGUUGAAACCCCGCUUCUGAAUUA